UGAGACACUCUUCUUUGAGAUGGCAGACCGCCUGGCAGAGGAUGGCUGGAGGGAACUGGGCUACAAGUACAUCAACAUUGACGACUGCUGGUCUGCCAAGCAGCGGGAUGCGGCGGGACGGCUGGUUCCCGACCCCGAGAGGUUUCCCAGAGGGAUUAAGGCUCUGGCUGACUAUGUCCAUGCUCGGGGCCUGAAGCUGGGCAUUUAUGCCAACCUGGGCACCCUCACCUGUGGGGGCUACCCAGGCACCACGCUGGACUGCGUGGAGCAGGACGCCCAGACCUUUGCAGAGUGGGGUGUGGACAUGCUGAAGCUGGAUGGGUGCUACUCGUCGGCAAAGGAGCAGGCGGAGGGCUACCCAGAAAUGGCGAGGGCUUUGAACGCCACGGGCCGCCCCAUUGUCUACUCCUGCAGCUGGCCAGCGUAUCAGGGGGGUCUCCCACCCAAG